AUGGAAUUUGUCCGUAUUCUGCUUUCAACUUCCUUAUUAAUAUUGAUGUUUAGAGGUUUAAGUCAAACUGACAUAUUUUUUUUCUUGGUGCCAGUGUUGUUCCAAACCCUCUGUGGGUUUGCUCACCUGUUCGAUAAAGAAAGACUUUUCCGUUUUUGGAUUGGAAUGCGACCUGUUGUAGCUUUUUACAAGCCUGAAACCGUCGAGGUAGUUCUCAGCAGUUCAAAGAUCAUAGAUAAAUCGACAGAAUACUCUCUCUUACGUCCAUGGUUAGGAUCGGGGUUGCUGACGAGUUCCAGAAAUAAAUGGAAAACAAGACGGAAGAUGCUGACACCUGCUUUCCACUUCCGAAUCCUGGAUGAUUUUAUGCCUAUAUUUAACGAACAGAGUCAAAUUUUGGUGAACAAGUUAAAACAAGCUCAAGACUGCAAAUGGCUGGAUAUAUCAAACUUUGUUACCCUCUGUACAUUGGAUGCUAUUUGCGAGAGUGCUAUGGGAAUUAAAAUUCACGCACAGAGCAAUAAGGAAUCACCGUACGUGAAGGCUUUAUACGAGGUUGGUGAAAUGUUUAUGUCUCGUAUGAUGAGACCUUGGCUAUGGCCAAUGAUGUUCUUUUCUUUGUCGUCAUACGGACGUCGUUUUCAUAAAAGUCUAGCAGAUCUUCAUAACUUUACUAGAUGGGUUAUUCGCAAUCGGAAAACUCAGAUAUUAAACAGUCAACAGACCAAUAAAGAUGAUCUGGGCAGUAAUGAAAAUGGAGUGAUAAGGUUGAAACGACAUCAGGCAUUUUUAGAUCUCUUAAUCAAUCAUCACUUGAAAGAUCCCACCCUUACACUAGAAGAUAUUCGUGAAGAAGUGGACACUUUCAUGUUUGAGGGACAUGACACGACAGCUAUGGCAAUAAGCUGGACUCUGUAUCUUAUCGGCUGGAAUCGCACUAUUCAGCAGAAAAUACAGAAUGAAUUAGACACCAUCUUUGGUGAUGAUUCUACAAGGCCAAUCACCUUAGAGGAUAUAAAACAGAUGAAGUAUUUGGAGUGUGCACUUAAAGAAGGCCUUCGCCUCUUCCCAUCAGUUCCUUUUAUUGGAAGAAUGCUUCAAGAAGAUAUUGUUGUCAAUGGCUACACUAUACCACAAGGGACCACGUGUUUUCUGUUUACGUUUAUGUUGCAUAGAAAUCCAGAAGUGUUUCCAAAUCCGGAAAUUUUCGACCCGGAUCGAUUCCUACCAGAAAAUGUAGCAGGACGUCAUCCUUACGCUUAUGUUCCUUUUUCAGCUGGCCCGAGAAACUGUAUUGGUCAAAAGUUUGCGAUGAUGGAAGAGAAAGUUUUAAUUGCAAAUAUCCUUCGUAAUUUCAACCUAACGUCAUUAGACCCAAGAGACAAGAUCCAUCUUAUUGCUGAGAUGGUAAUCCGGCCAAAACAAGGGUUACGUAUGAGAAUAACGCCUAGGUGGUGA